UCGCGAAACAAAAUGAUAUUGUGUCCAUUUGAACUAAAGGGGACUAUCUGAGCAGCUAAUUAUUCUAAGGCGUAUUAUGUGGUCAGAAUAUUUCUAAUGUUUACCUAAUCUGUUCAUCUAUCUGUCUGUUUGAUUCGUCAGUUUCGUCACACCCAGGAUGUAAUGCAGGGCAUUCACGCUCACGAUUGGUCAGACAGUCGAGAGGCCCCAGCCAAUGAGCAGCAGACGUGGACAGGAUGACACACAGACAGAGGGGCAUUUAAAAGAUGGAGGGGGUCAGAGCCGAACUCCUGCAUCACAGGACUCAACUCUACAGCGAGGACCAUGAGCACCCAGUUCAGCAAAGGACCCACAUUCGGACUCUCUGCUGAUGUCAGGAACAAGCUGGCACAGAAGUAUGACCCUCAGGCGGAGGAGGCUCUGAGGACGUGGAUCCAUGAGGUCACAGGUCGUACGCUCCCUGAAGACUUCAUGCAAGGACUGAAGGACGGUGUGAUCCUGUGCGAGCUGAUCAACAAACUGCAGCCUGGAUCUGUCCCGAAGGUCAAUCACUCACCCCUGAACUGGCACAAGUUGGAGAAUAUCACUCACUUUGUGCGAGCCAUUGGUAAAUACGGCCUAAAAACAUAUGACAUGUUUGAGGCCAACGACCUUUUCGAGGACAUGAACCACACCCAGGUCCAGGGCACCCUCAUCACUUUGGCUGGAGUGGCCAAGACGAAAGGCUUCUACACAAAAAGUGACAUCGGUGUGAAGUAUGCUGCAAAAAAGCAAAGGAAAUUCAAUCCUGACAAGAUGAAAGGAGGGGAAAGCAUUAUCAGCCAACAGAUGGGCUCCAAUCAAUUUGCCAGCCAAAAGGGCAUGACCUCCUAUGGAACCAGACGGCAUCUCUAUGAUCCCAAUAUAGGCAUGGAGAAACCAGCGGAUCGAUCCACUAUAAACCUCCAAAUGGGCACAAACAAAUGCGCCAGUAUGGCUGGAAUGUUUGCUCUUGGUACGGCAAGACAAGUGACGGAAAAGAACGUCAAUCUAGACCCGGUGGACUCGACCACAGUGUCUCUGCAGAUGGGAACCAACAAAAUGGCGUCUCAGAGCGGCCAAACUCCGAUGGGAGGAUCACGUCUAGUGUACGACCGCAAAUACUGCGCCAAGCCGAAUGAACAAAACGCCAUUGACUUCCUUAAUUAAUGCACUUUGGUAUUCAGCAUUGGUAGAGAAUGUGCCUUUCUCCUGAUCUCAGACCAGCUUAACUAAAUUAAAUGAUUUCUUUACGUGGAUGAUGUAGGGAUACAUUUUCUCGACUUAAUUAGAAAAACAAUUAAGCUGCUCUCUGAUUAGUUUAAAGGGCAUCAUCUACCUCACGAAAUCUUCUAAACUCCAAAUCAAUCUUGUUUUGGUGCUUCAUUAUAGAUCAGACGUAGUUCCAAAAUUAAAAUGGUAUGUAAUUGCUCUUUAGUCUCAGAAUAUACUGGAUCGUAAAAAGUUUAAAAUGUUAAUGGCGAUUGAAAAUACACAAAAGACGAUCAGUUCGUGCCUAUAUGUGGUCUUGAACAACGAAGAUGUUGAUACAAAGAUAAUGAAAGUAUAAAAUGGUUGUGUUAUUGUUCUGAAGUAGGGUCAGGACAAGACCCUGUCCUCUAAAUUUGGUGCCUUGUCAUCAGUUAUUAAUUUAUAUUCUUUAGGAUCAUUAAAGGAAAAGUAGUUUAAUCAUUCACACUGAUGUCUGGUCAGAUAUAUGUUCAGAAUAUACACCAAUUGUGUAAGUAUUAAGUAAGUGAUGCAAUGUUCAGAGGAAAGUGUGAAAGUAUUUGAGCAUGUCAUACACUUUUGAUCUUUUCAACUUGUGCUUGCUUGUCUGCUUAUGUGAAAAGAUGUCUUGGCAACUGCUUAUGAACAAAAAAUGCUUAUGAAAUAGAAUAGCAUUAAAGAGAAAUCUUUGGCCUACUUUCUGAGAACUAACAAAUAUAUUUAAUUCAUAUUUUCAUUAACAGAUGCAAAAAUAUGGUGUCUUAGUCCUAUACUGUUUUAUAUAAGGACAUCCUUAAAAGUUCUUCUGACAAAUGCAUGAUACAGUGUUUGAUAUGGUACCAUAACAUUGAAUGAUAUUGGACCAUGGCAUCCUGUUACUCCAAGGCUCUUCAGAGAGUCGGCCUACAAUGGAGGCUAGGCUACAUCCAUCUCCAAAAAAUAUAGUUAUUAUAUGGUAGUUUUUGUCAAUUUUCCUUACUCUCAAAUUUCCCUCUUCUGCCGUUUGAAUAUAAAACAAGAUCUUUUAUUAUAGAUAAUAAACAUUUGAGAAAA